AUGAACGGGUAUUCCCCGGGGAGGCCUUCGCCGCCCCGGGCGCCUGGCCGCGGUGUGGAUGGCUACAGGAGAGACAUGAUGAACAACUCUGAGGCGCCACUCCGUAUCAAUCCAAUGAACACGAAACUGCCGCCGAGUUCUACACUAGUCGACCUUAAGGACCCGAUCCAAGUUCACCUGUUGACGGAAACGGCAUUGACCGACAGCAAACAGUUCAGGAUACUGUCGCAAGAGGAAGUGGACGAUCUCAAGAAGCAGAUUCAGUCCUUGACAAUACGGGUUGAACAAACACGGACGAAUCUCGCCAUUCAAACGAAAUAUCGAGAUGCCGCAAUUUCUAUGUCCAGGCUGUACUCGCAGCCUGAUGCUGGCAGGAGGAUGAGCUUGAAUGGUAGCAACCGCAACAGCAUGGGCGAGUCUCUCCGUGAGGCUGAGGUUGAACGGCAAGCUAGCGAAAAGCGAUGCGAAGAGUUGUCGAACGAGUUACGCGGUCUUGAACAGCGUCUGAUCGCGUCGCAACGGGGCUUGCUAGAGCACACGGCCGGUAUCCUUCAACUGACGCAUAAGGCUUCCAAAAAGCCUGCGAACCAGCUGCCCACCCAACUCAUGAACGGCAUGCCAGGAAGUCCCGAAAGCCUAUAUACUUACUCCAAUGGCCGCAACAGCCUGGAGCCCAUGGGAGACGAUCUGUUUUUUGACGAGAACGGUCUUUAUCAAGAUAAUGACGGGUCUCCCUCUCGCGGCAAACCGAAAGUCACCCCGUUGAACAUUCCUUCGAAGGCACCUGACGGAGUUGAAGAUAAGCAGCUGCGAGAAGAGGCCGACAGAUUGAAGGGGGAGAACGCUCGACUUCGCGCUCAAGCCGACGCAUUGAACGAGCUACAGGAAGAAAAUGUUCAGCUUCGGGCGCAGACCGAUGCCUUGAACAGGCUGCAGGAUGAAAAUGUUCAGCUUCGAGCGCAGGCCGACUCUUUGAGCACGGAAGUCGACUCUCUCAAGAGAGAGAAUACGCAGCGCUCACAAUCUUUUAUGGACACUGAACGUAAACUUUCGACAUUCAACAAAUCUUUACGAGAGGUAAUUGUAAACUUUAAUCCUACCAAGAACAGCGGCUUCCGUGAACCGCCUUCCACAACAGCAAAUGCGCCAGCGGAGCAAGGAACCACACUCGCAAGUCAAUUCGAAUAUCUGGAGCAGGCCCUAUUGGCUGUGCGAGACGAACAGAAGAUUCAAGAGCAGGUAUCCGAUGGUCUAAAGGACGCGGAGGCUGCGGCGGCGGCCGCCGCCGCGGCGUCUAUUGCCCUAACCCAAGCAGAGGGCCGCAUUGAGGGCCUUAACCAGAAACUACGAGAUGUGUUAAUUGCAGUUGACUCGAACUAUCCUGCGGUUCCCAACGCGGGUUUGGACGCGCAGUUCGACUACUUACAGAGCGCAUUGACUGUUGUCGAGGAGGAAAUGAAGAAGACUGCCAGCAAGACUGCCGUCAAGAAGCAAGACGAUGACCAGACUGAGGCUAUCCUCAUGGGCUUGUGGGAUAUCAUACAAUCAGGUUUUGCAAGCAUUCAGCAGCAAAAAGCAGACCGCCGCCGCACACGGUUGGAGCAAGGCGUGCCUGAGGAUGAUGAUGACAUGUCCGGGGACGAGGCCAUGAACACGGACGAACCUUACUCGCUAUCGGCCUUCUCAACUAAGGUGCAGUGGCUUUAUAGCCAGGCUACCAGUCUGAAGGAGCAGAAGUCUGUUCUCAAGCGCCAGAUCAAGCAACAGCGAGAGUUGGGCAACAAGACAGAGUCUCAGAAAGAUGCUGAGCUGAAAGCGAAGCAAGACCAACUUGACCAACUCCGGGCAGGUCAAGCACGCGGAGAAGAGGAGAGGACUCUUGAGUUGACAAUGAAGCAAGAUCAGAUUGAACAGCUCCGGACGCUACUGGAGCAGUCAGAGGCAGAAGUAGCGGACGCCCAAGAGAAACUGGCUCAGGCAAAGAAGGAAGCCGAGAAUGCAAACGUCACACGGCUGGCAAACGAAUCUAGCUCUGCCAAAUCCCAAAACGACAUCAAAGAGCGCGACGCCAAGAUUGCAGCUCUGGAGGCAAGCACCAAAGAAGCGGAGACGAAGUUGGCUAGUUUCGGCGCGAAUGUCCAGGAAAUGGACGGCAAGCUGGCAAAGGCCAACGACGAGGUCUCUUUGCUGACAAUGAAGCUGGCUGGAGCAGAGAAGGCGGCCGUCGAGAAGCAGCAGGAGGUCGAGGCUAAGAACAAGGAGAUUAAGGAGAAGGAGGAGGAGUUAGACCGAUUCAACAUGAUGCUUGUUGAGCUGAAGACCGAGUUGACCAUCGCUCAAGCCGAGCUUGAUGGGGCGUACGGCUCUCGUAAGGAAAGAGCUACGCAGGCCGCGGCUAUUAAGAGCACCGUCGAGGUCACCCAGCUCAAGGCAGAGGUUGACAAACUCAAGGAUGAGCUCAGCUCUACCCUGAAAGAGCUUGAGAAUAUUACUGCCGAGACUAUUAAUGCCGAGCGGGAAAAGUUCGAGGUGGAGAGCAAGCUGGACGAUGCUCUAGCCGUCAAGUCCACUCUCGAAGGCGAGGUUGCCUCUUUGAAGGAUCAGCUCGACGCCGAGGUACUCAACUCGAGGACCAGGAUGUCGAAGCUGCAGGAAGAGCUGGAUUCAGAGCGGCUCAAGGUGACACCUGGUGCCGGUGCUCGCGGCGCAGGAGCUACAAUGCUCAGCGAGCAGUUCCGGGCGACGAUGAGGGAGGAGAGGAAGAAGUUCCAGGAAGACCUCAAGGAGGAACAAGCCAAGAGAAGAAGAAUCGAAGAAGAACUGCAGAAGCUGAGAAAGUCUCAGGGCCCUGGAAGAAGCCCCCUGAGUCCCAGAUGA